AUAGAAGAACGAAUCAACAACGAACGGAACGAAGAGUAAAAAUAUCUCAAACACUCUAUCAAUUCCUGAUUUGUCAUCGAUCAAUACUUUGUUUCUCUCGUCUCUGACAAAACAAACCCUAAAUUUCGUCUACGAUGGCUUCUCACAAUUUUACCGACGAAACUAUAGUUUUCAGAAAAUUGCAAGCAAAAUCUGAGAACAAGGUAUGCUUUGAUUGUAAUGCGAAGAAUCCAACAUGGGCAUCGGUUACAUACGGGAUUUUCCUCUGCAUCGAUUGUUCAGCCAUUCAUCGGAGCCUCGGUGUUCAUAUCAGCUUCGUCAGGUCAACGAAUUUAGACUCAUGGAGCCCUGAACAGCUCAGGGCAAUGAUGUUUGGUGGCAACAACCGCGCUCAGGUGUUCUUCAAGCAACAUGGAUGGACGGACGAUGGCAAAAUAGAGGCUAAGUACACGUCAAGAGCGGCUGCUUUGUAUAGGCAGAUUCUUGCUACAGGAGUUGAUAAAGUCACUGCAGAAGAAAUUGAUGCUGCCCUACCAUCAUCUCCUGUAGUUCCGAAAGCUUCUAAUGAGGUUUCUUCUUGUGCUGUCAAGGAAGAGCUACCUCCUCCUAAACACGAAAUUACCAGUGCCACUUCUUCUACUCCAUAUGUGCCAAGUACGUCUAAGAAACUUAGAACUAUUGGUGCUAGACGGGCAGGAAAAACUGGUGGUCUUGGUGCACAGAAGCUUACUACUAAGGGGAAUCUCUACGACCAGAAACCGGACAAAGUUAUUCCUGCUUCUUCUUUUAACGUCCACUUGCGAUCUCAAGGACAAAGUGGUGCUGAUGCACAAGUUCCUAGCCAUGUUGCUCCACCAAAGCCUUCAUCAAGUUCCAGCUCUUUAUUUGUUCAAGUUGAAGAAUCGGUUGAAGCAAGAAAGAAGUUCUCAAACGCAAAGUCCAUUUCUUCUGCUCAGUUCUUUGGAGAUGAGAAUAUAUCCGAUAAUCUUCCAUCAAAAACUACCCUUGAGGUGAAUAAAGACAUGUGGUUAUCACUGAGCAAAGUCGGCAAAAUCAAGGAUAAGCUCGUUGGGGGAAUACUUGGAGCUGAUGUUUGUGGCCUCCGAAAGGAAGUGACAGAGUUAAAGCAGAAAUUGCAUGCACAAGAUGCUGAUGGCAUCCCUAUUGCCACCCGUCGGGACUGGGUCCACAAAGUGUGUGACCAAAUCACAGUGAUGCCAUGCCACAUCUAUUUUCUCCCCAUAUAUGGAGACAUACUUAGGAGUACCGAACAGGAUAUGUGGGCCUUAAUGGAUGAACUAUAUGGGACGGAAGUGGAACCUGAUUCUAUUCUUGCAUAGCAGAUUAAGCGUUUACUGUCAGAAGAGAAGGGAAUGAAGAAGCAAAGAUGGUAUCUACGGCGAGGUUCACUCUUCUUGUAAAAACGUUUGCAUUUAAUAAAGGGAAAUAUUUUGAAUAUGCACAAACAUAAAAGAGUUUACAAGAUGUUGUGUGAGCUAUUUCGUUUACCAUAAUUUCAACCGAGAA